CAAUUAGAGACCAGGAAAAACUCCCUGAUGAUAAACUCGAUGAGAGUGGAAUGGGUUCCCUCUAAAGGAGGAAGAAUGGCAUUUGCACCUCCUAAAAACCUGGAGGGCCCCAAGAUGCAAACCAAGAUGAGCAUGUGGACACCGCUGAACCACCAGCUUAUGAAUGAUAAAGGUUUUCUUGUCUUUGCCUCCCUUGAAGGCUGAGAGAGUGUGCCUUGCCCAGGACAACACAGGGCUGAUCAGGGAUUGUCUCUAGACCAUAAUUCAAUGCUCACACCACUACACCACACUGGCUCUCUUUUUGCAAACAUGGUAUUUGAAGAGAGAAGAAACUUAUUGGGGAAAUGGUUUGACAAGUGGACAGAUGUUCAGAGGCGGGGAAUCCUGAGGGACUUCUUAGAGCGCUGCUCCCUCUCGCAGCUGAAGUUCUGCUUCAGGCACCUGCAGGACCGAGUGCCGGUUGAAGCUCUGGAUUUUACCACCAAGCUUCCCAGGGUGUUGUCCCUGUACAUCUUUUCCUUCUUGGACCCCUGGAGCCUCUCCCGAUGUGCCCAGGUAAGCUGGCACUGGAAAUUCUUGACGGAGCUGGAUCAGAUCUGGAUGCCAAAAUGUCUGCGUUUUGGAUGGUAUGUCAACUUCUCUCCCACCCCCUUUGAGCAAGGGAUCUGGAAGAGAAACUACAUCGAAAAGGUGGAAGAGCUCCAGGUAGUCCGACAUAAGGUUCCACCUAAAGAGGACUUUCUGGUGGCCGAUGUGCGACCAAUACCAAAAGAGACCCCAGAUGUCAAACCUUCCCUGUUGUCAGUUCUCCAGUCAGCCUCUCUCUUAGGAAAGAAGAUGAACAAGGAGAAGAAAGAGCUUCCUCCAUGGCGUUCCUCAGAUAAGCAUCCGACAGACACCAUCAGAUUCAAUUAUUUGGACAAUUUUGAUCCCAUUGAGCAAGCGAGACAAGCUAGAAAGAAAGGCGGAGGACUGACUCCAGACCUCAGCCAGGCCUCCUUUCAGAAAAAAAGGAGACCAAGCAGUGGAACAUACAAACUCCAGAAAGCAAAGUCCUUGCAGCCUGGGGCAGUGAUACCGAAAAUGAAGGAAUGUAGGAGUCAGAUGUCGCUCUCUGUAGACCUUGGAUCACAACCAAAAGUUCCAUCCCGCCCAACUUGGGCCACAUAUGAGCCACCUGGUUACCCUGUGACCAAAGGAAGAGCCAAGGUCCUUGCCCAGAGUGCCCAAUGGAAUGCUGGGAUACGGCCAGGACCUGUUCGAGGACCAGUCCCAAAGCUGAGUGAGAAAGGAAAGAAGGCCUUUGUCCGGAACAGCCGAAGCUCACCAACCUCGCCGCUCUUUGAAAGCCAGCCGUGGGAAAUCCCACUGUCUAGCCGUGGGUCUGAUGUGGAUCAGGAAGAUGGACAAAGGCUUCCUCCGUCUUCACAGCGUCACCGUUAAAAUAAUAAGGCAGCUUUUGGAAGGAGAGUUUGGAAUCCACUGAGUGACCUUGGACACGUCAUAUGCUCUCAGCUUCAUGGGGAGGCAAUGGCAAACCUCCUUUGAACAAAUCUUGCCAAGACUAACAAGAAAUAAAAGUUUGUCUUAGCGUCAGCAUAAGUCAGAAACAACUUGAAGAUGCACUAAAACAACAGCAGCACACACCAUGGACUGCUCAUGUUUUUGUUUCCAUUGCAAUGGAUGAAUGGGACAGCCUGGAUUUAAACCUGUGGUCUACUAGGAACUUACCAUGUAGCCUUGGACAAGUCACUAUCUCCCAACUCUAAAAUGGGAAUGGUGGCAGCCUACCUCACAGGGUUCCUGUGAAUGUUUCAAAGAUUCGCACAGCACAAUGCUAUCCAUAUCUACUCAGAAGUAAGUCCCACUCUUCUCAGUAGGACGUUUUAGACUGGACAGCUAUCUGCCAGGGAUGCUCUAGCUGGAGAUCCUUCACUGAGCCAAAGGUCGGACUCAGUGACCCAUGAGUCCCCUUCCAUCUCUAGCAUUUUAGGAUUGCAGCCUAAAACGCUUUUUGGCACUGGAGGGAUUUAUUUCAAAUAUGGAAUAAUGUUAGCAACUGGUGAAGAAGAGUGGGGAAUGAUGUCUUUCAUUUGAACAUAUGGCUGAACCAUAGUAAAAAGGAAUAAUCAAUAUAAUAUAAAUAAAUACAGCAUCCAGCAUCAACAUCAUAUUGAUAGUGUUUGUGUUUGCCCCCUACUAUUCUCUUCUCUCUGUGGAUCAUUAGAUCCUUUUCUAGUCUCUCCAUUGUCAACACAGACAUUGCAGUCUCAACUAGCUUUGUUGUUUAUGAUGAUAGUUUGCUGCUGCUCCAUAGGGUGGGACAUCAACCAAUGGAUUCAAAUGACAAGAAAGAAAUCCUAGAAUCCUAGAGUUGGAAUAGACCUCCAGGGCCAUCCUAUCCAACCCAACCCUAUUCUACCAUGCAGGAAGACACAAUCCAAGCACUCCUGAUAGAUGGCCAUCCAGCCUCUGUUUGAAAACCUCCAAAGAAGGAGAAUCUACCACCCUUCAAGGCAGCAUCUUUGGGAAGUUUGUCCAAAUGUUUU